AUGUUCAAGGUGCCCAGCAGCACCAUCCUGUUCAAGCCAGACUCAGGCGGCCCAGACGGAUGUAACGUGUCUGAGUCUGAGUCUGUUUGUACACCGUCCGAUUCUGACUCUGCCGAUGACACCAAUUCUCUGGCCAAGGUCAAGGCUAUCUUGAAGACGCGAGAUGAGCUUCAGCGCGAGUACCAGAAGCUACGCGCUGCUCGUUGCGAUGAGAACGCCGACCCUCCGAUCGACCUGCGCAGCCAUGUUCGACGUGAAGGACGUCGUACCAAGCACAAGUGGAGUUCGGUCAAGGUCACGCGUAGUGAGAAGUCGGUGGAUGAACAGGUGCAGAUGCAGGCUUCCGUGACAACACCGCCGGCGCCCCACAAAGCGAAGACCUGGGCAGAGUUGUUGCAAGACAAGAAGCUUAGAGACCAACGCAAUGAGGCCGUGCAACACCACGCUACGGCUGGACAGAGCUACAAGAAUACACGCGCAGGGAAUAAGUUCCGCAUGACCCAGAGGGCUAGCAAGAAAGCCAAAGACCCAAUCAGCGCAGUGUGUGUCGAUUUGAGAAACAUCAGUGGUCCAUCGAUGCAGUUCAGCGAGGCUCAUUCUGUCUCACCUGUCCCUCACUCCAACACCUCGACCUUUCCCCAUGCUACGCAAGCCAGUCAAGCUACCUGCGGUGUGUGGCUGCCCCCACAUUUGCGGCGAAGGGUCGCCACGCCUUCAAAGCCGGAAGCCUCCUUUGAUACCUUUGACCAGGCCGCGGCAGCAUCCACUGUGCAAAAGGAACCGAAGAACAAAUUCCCGAAAGCAAAGGAUAUCGACGACCCGGGAUCUGAGCAUGAAGGUGCGGCUGGAGUCGGGUCCAGCAGGGUAGACGAGAGACGCUUUACGCGCACCGACUGCACACGCCAGAAAGACAAAGAUGUGGCAAUGUUCGCUAAUAAUGCUUCUUCCAAAGACAACAGCUUUGCUAGCGCCGACGCUCCUGCUGCUGAGGUCUGUGGCCCAUGUUACCUCAAAGAUGAUGAGCCCGCGUGGACUUUUGACCAUAUUAGCAACGGUUCGACUCGUACUGAAGAUCCAGAGGAUUUUAGGCUCGGCUCGGACAACAGCAGGUCCCUCGAGCAGCGCAUGCUGGAAGACUUUGGCGACGAUGCCGUUUCACGUCCUGUUUACUCGACGCCAGACUGCGUUUCCUCAGCACCUAUCGUAGCCAGCCAGACUGCUCGACAAGACCAUGGUGUCAGCGACUGCCAAGAUCAAGGCCGUUGGAGCAACUCCUGCUGUCCCUCACUUCAUGAGUCCAAUUUCAGCCAGACCAACGUCGACCUCGACGCCGAAGGUCAUCCUGAGGACAACGGAACUAUCCACUGCCACCAUUGUUCGUUUACUUUCAAAUCAGAGCCGGGUCUUGCAUGCUGCCCUGCAUGCCAUCAGUCUUCUGGACUGCACACUGGCGAUCCUGCAACUGCAGAUGUUGCGAAGGGUACACUGCGCACAAUUUCGGAACCUGAUAUCGCAGAAGAGCGCGCCCAAAACUACUUCACAUCUCCUCGUAAGUUCUGCGAUCGAAAACCAGAUGGUUUCGGGACAACACUCGAACACGCUUGGGAGGUGCUUGCGCUCCAGCGCUAUAUGUCUGUUGAUCAUCCCACGCUGCUGCAACAUCUGGGCAACGCCACAACGCAAAAACUCGACUAUACCGAAGCAGCGACUGCCUUUGCUGCAGUCUUGAAGCACCAAGAAGAGACCGGCUGUUGGGAUCUUCGUCUGUGCUGGACCGACGCUGAUGACAAGAAGCUACGGGAGUGUGUUGUGAAUGAGCAACUCGAAUGUGAUGACUCGUUAACAGACAGUCUUCAGACCAGCGCAAAGGACUGUCGUCGACGCUGGAGACAGAUCAAAUCGAAGGACAUAUCGUUGGGAAAGACCAGCACGCCAACUACGAACCAGCCUCCCAAGACCACAUACCCUGAUGGCUGGAGUGCAGAACUUGACGAGGAGCUUUUGGAUCUGAGGACCAAAAAUUACGAUCUCCGGGAUAUUGCCUUCGAGUUGGGGAAAUCGGUUUCGGUGUGCAAGUCGCGCUUCAAGCAGAUCGAAGCUAAGGGCUGCAACUCGAAGUCGCUGGAGCAGAUCGAGAAGGACGCAUCCGAGACACUUUGGUCACCUGAAAUUGAUCGCGACCUCAUGAGCCUGAAAGAAAAGAAGAAAUCAUGGCGCGACAUCCAUGAGAGACUCGGCAUACCUGCGGGAGAUUGCAAGGCGCGCUUCAAGGAGAUCAAACCUGCAGACUGGAGGCCAAAUUCCAAGAAAGCCGGCAAGAAGUCUGCUGCAAAGCUCUUCACUCUUUCGAAAGGCAAAGACAAAGGCAAAGAUGUUCGUGCAGAGACACAACAUAGCGGCGGUUGGAUGCUGGAGAACGCGCGCGAUCGGGGUCCUUGCGACAGCAAUCCAGACCGUGAUCAUGUCCACGGAAACGACAUCGGGUACAACGCUGAUGACGACAAGCCCACUGUUCAAACGCGAGAUUGCGGAUGCGAAGACAAUGGCUGGUGUUACUGCCCUACUGCUGCAGAAGUUUUACGCACCACGGCUGACACUUCCGACAAUCAAUCCUGGUGCGCGGGGUGCGGUUAUCAUCCUGACUGGUGCAUUUGCUGGCUCAAUUCGAUGGACCAGACCGAUCCUGUCAAGAACACAGAAGCCGCUGAUGGUUGGGGCAACGCUGUGGAAGAUCCCUGGGGUACCCGUGACUCUCCUACGCCUCCACUCCGUGACUACAACAGCUCAGGCUGGGAUUUUGGACAUGGAAUCCCUGUUCCCCCCAAACCAGCAUCUUCGGAUGACGGUAAUCAACGGUGGGGCAUGCCAGACACCUCUCAGCACCAGCCUCGGUCUGCACCGUAUACCCCUUACACCGUCACCUACCGGGCCACCAUCGAGUUUGGAGACAAAGAGAUGAACGUCCCUAUCGACGGCAAGAACGUCUAUGGUCCCGAGAAGACCGUCGUCGAGGGUGGUAUGCAGAAAGUGUGGAAGUGGGUGCACGACAAGGAUCUCGCUAGCAAGAUCGGUCUGCAGGAUGCGUUCGAGCUCGCCCAGGCUAUGCAUGAGGGAGAGCAGGAUGAGAAGAUCGAGACCGUCAAGGUUGGUCGAAAGGGUAGGUCAGUCACCAAGUCUGUUCGCAGGAGCAGGUCUGGCAGUGAGUGCGGAGGUUGGGGAUGCUGGGAAAACUUGAACCGAGCGAAUGUCACCAUUUGA